CCAAUUUGGUAAAAAUGGAAAAGGCCUGAUCAAAGUUACCCAAGCCCGGCCAAUCAAUUUGUGUGGCCCAGAAAUUCAAUCCAAUUCUUCACAAGCACAAGCCCACCAGAUCAUUUAAAAGCCCACCACAGCCCAUAAAAAUGCCCAUGACACGUGAAACGGUGGAAUCCUCUAUCCGGUACCCUCUCCUUCGCCGGCCACCAAUCGACGCCAGUGUCCACCGUUCCCCAUUGCCUACCAUAAUCCCUCCGAUCGCUGGCCGACGGAGAACCAAGAAUACCAGAGCAAAGAGGAGGACACGAACAAUUUCAUCAUCUCCGAUCCAGAGGAUUCCUUAGCUUCUGGACCACGAAUUGACGCUAGCAUUCGCGCCUCACCAGCUCCAAUCGCUGAAGACUUCCAUAUUAUCCAGUUGCUGGCCACCAUAGAUGAGAAAACACCGAAGCAGAGCAGGAUUUUUGACAGACGAAGCUCAGUCACUGACAAUCAUCGCCGUCGCCGUUCGACUUUUCCUAGCUGAAGUCGACCUAGCUCUGUUUGCCCCUGUUUCCGAGCCAAGGAGUCCGAAGUUUUCAGCUCUUUCUCGAGACUCCUCCGCCAAUGCUGAUCUUCAUCUCCGAAGUGUCUGGGACCUCCAGUCUCUGAUUUUCUCAUCCGCCGAGGCUAGAAAUCCGGUCUCGCCAAGAUUCAACUGCGAUUGGAGUUCUAUGGAUGAUCAGAACCUGAGGUGUUGCUGUUGUGAUGGUCUAGAGGCAAAGACAUCGGCAGCAACUUCGUGGGUCAUCUAUGCAAGGCCUCGGAUCGGGCCGGCUUAAUGACGUUCACGGGAUAGCAAGGAACAAAGGAAGCGAGAGGGAAUACGGCCCUCGAUCAUGAG